UUUUCCCCCUCGAGAGAGAGAAUGGCCAAGCUGCUACUUAUACAGCUGACAGUGAGUGUCUUCACCCUGAGUCUGCACGUCACUUUAGCAGACAUCGUAUCUGUUCAUCCUGGAGAUAAUGUUACCCUGUUGUGCAACAUCAGGAAUUAUUUGGAUAUAUUUUGGUAUCAAAUCAAGUCUGAGGAGCUGAAAUUAGUCCUAAGUGCUAAAAGAGGGAAACUGGACAACCAUUUUUCCCUUAGCUACAGUGUCAAUGAGAGCCACUUUGAAGUAAAUGAAAACAGCAGUUUGUUGAUUAUUGGAGUUAAAGAGACAGACGUGGGAUCUUAUUACUGUGCCGCUCAAAACACAUCACGCAUUCAGUUUGGGAAACCAAUCACACUAAAAUUGACAGACAAAGCAAAGGAGGAAGGGGAUGCCUCAUAUUCAUAUAUGGACCGUUGCCAAAUUUUAAAUAUAAUCCUGACAUGCGUGUGCUCCAUCUCCUUCCUAACAAACAUCAUCUGCAUUUGUGUUUUCAGUUCCCGAGUGCAAGGAAAGUCAUCACUCACAUGCUGCAGUGACGCCAAACCCACUGCUGAGGAGGAAAUAAAUCUGCACUAUGCCACUUUUACACACCAAAGAGAACCUGCUGAUAAAAAAACAGAUACUGGCGAGGUGAUGUACGCCGGUAUCAGACAUCUCCCAGCCUGAUGCCUAAACCUGAACUGAUCCUGAUGAACGUGAUGAAGAAAAAUAUUUUGAAUCAUGUAAACUCCAUAAUAUUGUUAUUUAUACUAUUUAUACUAUCAGCAUAGAAAAACACAUUUUAAGAGCAUUUCAGUUUAUGCCCUAAAGUUACAUGAAUGAACUGUAUGUUUUUAAUAUUUUUAAUCUUGCUUAAAGCUAAAUAAAAUAAAGCUCAACAAAACAUCCAUGUUCAAUUGACAUCAAUCUCAACUUCAGAAACAGCAGUUUAAUUAUUUGAUCAUUAUUAAGCUACAAGGAGUCUCAGUUUCUUAAACAGUGAUUUCAGCUGAGCCACCAGCUC